AAAAUAUGAAAAUUUUUGACAGAUUCUUGUGAUAAGCAUUACUAAUUCUUGCGAAGCAGGGCCGUAACUAUAAAAUGUCUUGUUUGUUAACUGAAAACAAUCGGCCGCUUUAAACUUUAAAUGUUGGAACUGAUAUGAUGUAAAAGUAUAUAAACAGUGCGUAAAACUAAAUAGAAUUUGAAGUUCUGAUGCGACUACUACAUCUGUCUGCAGAUAUCGGGCGUUUAUUGCUUAACAUUUUUUCCAACGGCAAUCAUCUGUUAACAGGAUCACGAAAAUUGCUUUGCCUAACCGGUCAGAGUGCUUACACUUUCAGCGGUCGUGGAUUAAUUAAUAGCGAAUUAAUAAAUUUAUGUUAUAAAAUAUUUAUACGAAAAACCAGUAACCACAACUGCAUCAAAAGCGUAAUGCUGACCCAUUUUCCUUUUUUCACCAGCGGAGAGAUUGUACGUGGCUUCGGGCGCGGCUCCCGUGAACUCGGCAUACCCACAGCAAACUUUUCUUUGGAAGUGGUGAAGUCACUACCUGCAGAAGUUCCUUUGGGAAUUUACUACGGUUGGGCUAAUGUUGAUAAUGGUGAAGUAUACAAAAUGGUCAUGAGCAUAGGCACGAAUCCCUACUAUGACAAUAAAGAGAAAAGUAUGGUAAGUGAUAUAAAAUAAAAAUUUUGCCGUAAUAAUUGAAGCGUAACGCAUAAAAAAACUUGUUAUUAUAUUUGUAUCAUACAUAUCUGGAUAUACAGACAUACGUGCGAACAUACAUAUAAAGUGCGUUCCACAUCAAGAUAGUAUGUAUAUUUACUGGGCAUGUUUUUUCCAAUAAGACAAAUUGCGUCAACUUCAAAUAUAAAAUUUGAAAUAUUUGUUUUCAUUAUCUGAUAAUUAUCAGUUUUAGUUUCUUGCAACCAAUAGAAAUAUACCUUGUUAAAUUAAAUUUUGAAGUGGAUAAUAAGGGUUCCGAAAUUUGCAA